AUGUUGACAUCACUCAAAUUCUCAAUUCAUAUCAGUAGAACUCUUCUAGUUUCCAUCAAAAUCCCAUCUUUUCCACUAUGCACAACAACAUCACUUGGAAAAACCGAUGAAACAGAAAGUGACACAGAAUGGGAAAAACUGCUCAAACCAUUUGACCUGAAACAGCUUCAAAGAUCACUGAAUCCAAUUACCCCAUCUCAGCUUUGUAAAUUAUUGGAACUCCCUCUUGAUAUUCCCACUUCAAUGGAGUUGUUUGGGAAAGCUGCUUCACAGAGAGGGUAUUGUCACUCUUUUCAUGUUUAUUAUCUUUUAAUUGAUAAGCUUGGUGAUGCUGGUGAGUUUAAGAUUAUAGAUAAAUUGUUGAAACAAAUGAAAGAAGAAGGUGUUGUGUUUAAAGAAUCGAUUUUUAUUUUGAUUAUGAGGUAUUAUGGGAAAGCUGGCUUACCUGGUCAAGCAACUAGGGUUUUGUUGGAUAUGUGGAAUGUUUAUUGUUUUGAACCGACGUUUAAAUCGUAUAAUGUUGUGUUGGAGAUCCUUGUUGCUGGAAAUUGUCCUAAGGUUGUGCCUAAUGUUUUUUAUGAUAUGUUAAGUAGAGGGAUUUCGCCGACGGUUCAUACUUUUGGUGUGGUUAUGAAAGGCUUUUGUAUGGUUAAUGAGGUUGAUUCGGCUAGUUCGCUUUUAAGGGAUAUGACAAAGCAUGGUUGUGUUCCGAAUUCGGUUAUUUAUCAGACGUUGAUUCAUGCACUUUCGGAGAACAAUAGAGUGAAUGAAGCGAUGAAGUUGCUUGAGGAAAUGUUUUUGAUGGGUUGUGAGCCUGAUGUUCAGACGUUCAAUGAUGUUAUUCAUGGACUUUGUAAAGCCAGUCGGAUUCAUGAGGCGGCGAAGUUGCUUGAUCGAAUGCUUCUUCGAGGUUUCACUGCUGAUGCUCUAAUUUACGGGUAUUUGAUGCAUGGUUUGUGUAGGAUGGGGCAAGUUGAUGAAGCAAGGGCGUUGUUAAGCAAAAUUCCUAACCCUAAUACUGUGCUUUAUAACACUUUGAUUAAUGGUUAUGUUGCUUGUGGAAGGUUUGAAGAAGCCAGGAAUCUUUUGUACAAUAACAUGGUAAUUUCCGGGUUUGAGCCUGAUGCGUUCACGUUUAACAUAAUGAUCGAUGGACUUUGCAAGAAGGGGCAUUUGGUCUCUGCUUUUGAAUUCUUAAAUGAGAUGGUAGAGAAAGGUUUUGAUCCCAAUGUGAUCACUUACACUAUAUUGAUAAAUGGUUUCUGUAAGCAGGGCCGGUUCGAGGAAGCUUUUGAAGUUGUGAAUAGCAUGUCAUCCAAGGGUGUUAGUCUGAAUACUGUCGGCUACAAUUGCUUGAUCGGUGCUCUUUGUAAAGACGGGAAGAUUCAAGAUGCCUUGCAGAUGUAUAAUGAAAUGUCAAGCAAAGGAUGUAAACCCGACAUUUACACAUUCAAUUCUUUAAUAUAUGGACUGUGCCAGAACGAUAAGAUGGAAGAAGCGUUGGGUUUGUAUCGUGACAUGUUCUUGGAGGGUGUUAUUGCCAACACUGUAACGUACAAUACGUUGAUUCAUGCAUUUCUUAGGGGUGAUUCAAUUCAACAAGCGUAUAAGCUUGUUGAUGAAAUGCUAUUUAGAGGGUGUCCCCUCGAUAAUAUUACGUAUAACGGCCUUAUUAAAGCUCUUUGUAAAACCGGGGCAAUCGAGGAAGGUUUGGGAUUGCUCGAAGAAAUGCUUGGGAAAGGGAUUUUUCCAAGUAUUAACUCUUGUAAUAUUCUGAUCAAUUCCUUCUGUAGAACUGGAAAAGUAAAUGACGCUCUGCAGUUUCUUCGAGAUAUGAUUCAUCGUGGCCUGACACCAGAUAUAGUUACUUAUAACUCCCUGAUUAACGGUCUUUGCAAGAUCGGCCGCGUUCAGGAGGCUUUGAACCUUUUUAACGGGCUUCAAGCCGAAGGAAUUCGUCCCGAUGUGGUUACAUACAACACAUUGAUCAGUAGGUACUGCUAUGAGGGUUUAUUUAAUGAUGCAUGUCGGCUUUUGUACAAAGGUGUGGAUAACGGUUUCAUACCUAAUGAAAUCACUUGGUCAAUAUUGAUAAAUUAUUUCGUAAAAAAGUAUCAAAGGGAGUAA